AAUAAGUUUAUAACUCUAAGUUUACUAUAUUGUCUGGUCUCGUAAUGGUCGGAGGGGCGGAGUGAUUUAAUGGCACGGGGCCCUCUCAACCAAUCAAAGUAAGAUUUGUAUGAGAGUUUUAGCACCUGUAACAAUCUCCCGAUUGCGCAUGUGCUCUUACCUCCUUGUGGAAUUAAGCCGACAGAAAACAGACGCAUAUUAACUUUUAUUACAACUUUAUCAUUAGAAUUUGUCCUGUUUGGACAUAGCUGCUUAUUGCUUUUCUUAUUCGAUUAUAUAUUCAAAUAUUUUCAAGAUCGCCUUGCUAAUUUCCUUGUGCUUUGCGGAGAGGCUGUUUAAAAGAAAUCACAUCUUUUUAUUUUCAUGCAACUUUGAUGAACAAAACAUGGAACUGAUUAAUUCAGGUUCAGUGUGUUUAACUGAAGAGGACCACAGAAGUGCAUUCAAAAUUGUACAACCCCGAAAAUCAGUUGAAGAGCAAUGUUCUCCCCCCUUAGAGGAUGCUGGCUCGCUGUCAUCAACUGCAAAUUAUUGCCACCCUCGUCAACGAACAGAUAGCAGAGAAUCCGAAGAUUUAGCGACGAAAGGCCAAACAUCCCGAUUUAGCGCUUUUCGACCAUGGCUUUGUGAACCCCCCACCCAGGCAACCGAUCUCUCCGUGAAGAACAAAAUGACGUCAUCAUCACAAGACAAUCCACGGAAAACAUCAAUAAUUCCGGCAUUUUCCUUUGGCGCCUUGAAAGCACCAAAUAUCAGCGAUAUUUACAGAUAUCAAAUGGCCCAGGCGAUGUUCAGGACUCCUUAUAACGUAUUCCCUUAUGGGCAACCAGCAGUAUGGUCAGACCCGAGAUUCUACCGAUUUUUAGGCCAUGGAAAGGAGAUUCCAGUCUCUCUUUUUAAGAACUUUAUGAAUGUGAGCGAGGAAGGAGAAGUGUCAGGAUUUGAGAAAGGUUCUUUUGAGUGCGUAAAGUGUAUGAAGCAAUUCAGUACGCCACAUGGUCUAGAAGUGCACGUGCGACGGUCUCAUAGCGGUAGAAGACCAUACGCUUGUGAUGUUUGUAGCAAGACUUUUGGACAUUCUGUCAGUUUGACGCAACACAGAGCGGUGCAUACGCAAGAAAGAAGUUUUGUUUGUCAACAAUGCGGGAAAAGCUUCAAGCGUUCCUCAACGCUUUCGACGCAUCUCUUAAUUCACAGUGACACACGCCCCUAUCCAUGUCCUUAUUGCGGCAAAAGAUUCCAUCAAAAGUCUGAUAUGAAAAAACACACAUACAUUCAUACAGGAGAGAAACCUUACAAAUGUAACCACUGCGGCAAAGCAUUUAGUCAGUCAUCUAACCUGAUCACUCACUGUCGCAAACACACAGGCUUCAAACCAUUCUCCUGUACAACAUGUGGAAGAAGUUUUCAAAGAAAAGUAGAUUUAAGGCGACAUCAUGAAACUCAGCAUGUUGAAGAAAUGACUUCAUCUAACGAACUAGUGACGUCUUCUACUAUUGACGUUUCCGGUAGACAGGAAGAGGAUGCGAUUUAGAACCCAUUUUUACGCUUGUCUGUUUUUGCUCAAAUUUAAGAUGUUAUUUAUUUUAAUGUUGUGAAUGUUCAGUAUUAGCUUUAUACCUUGGUGUGAGUUUUGUCGAUUAUACAAAUCGACAUAUAUUGUACAUAUUUAUGUAAUUCUUCUUAAUUACAAAUCCUAUUUGAAUCUUUAACAUUUUAUCAUUUAAUGACAGUUAUAUUUUUGGUAGGGGAUUAUUCGACUAUUGUUAUGAUUAACCUUUUAGUCUUUCAGUGCUAAUAAAUAUCAAUAUGUCUCAACACGCCAUAAAAAUUUUAUGCAUAUAUAAUAAAAUUGCACAGUGCUACAAAAUGACA